AUGACUGAAUAUUUAGAAGAUAAUUUGCCAUUGAUAGUAACUCAUAAUGGAACUUUUCAUUUAGAUGAAGUAUUAGGAUGCUUUAUACUUAGUAAGCUGUUUCCUACUUAUAAGAUUGUUCGAUCUAGAGAUAAGGAGGUGAUUGCUAAAGGCACGAUAGUUUUAGAUGUGGGUGGAGUCUACGAUCCAGAUAAUAAUAGGUUUGACCACCAUCAACAUGGGUUUACAGAAGUUUAUCAGAAGGAGAGAUGUGAUAUUUUGAUGAGUAGUGCUGGUUUGGUCUUUAAGAAGUUUGGGUUGCAAUAUCUAUCUCAGGAAUUCGACUUAUCUAGGUUUAGUAAAAAAGAAGUGCAGGAACUGAUUGAUCGGGUUUACUUUGAGUACCUAAUUACUGUUGAUGCUCAGGAUAAUGGUCGGGAGGCUUCAGAAGACAAUUUAUACCAUGCUCGUAACUUGGGUGAUUUAGUUAAGACUAUGAAUCCUUGGUUUACGGAUGAAGAGUACAACAAUACUACUAAAGAGAGUCGAGAUGCUAUAACUAACCGAGCAUUCUUUCGGGCGAUGGAAAUCAUGGGCAGUGAUUUUGAACGGGCCUGUCGUGUCUUUGUGCUUGAACAGUAUAACAUGGUAGAGUUGCUUAAGCCUGAGAACUGCCAGAUUAUUGGUCAAGUUCAUACUGGGCAGUACGCUUACUUUGCUAAGGCCGGAAUGACUAGUAUGGGUGUUAAGCAUUUGAAUGCCGUCCGAGGGUAUAACAUUUUGGUCUUUAUUGUAGCGGAUACUAAUGUGUCGGCUGGUCAAACCCCUCGUUAUACUGUGAACUGCAUAAGCAAGAAUAAUUGCCACUAUCCGACUCUGGCGCCCCUUCCUAAGGAGUGGCGUGGGCAUCGUGAUGAUGUCUUCCAGAUGAGUUCGGACCGUUGUAUUCGUGAUUGUCUAUUUGUCCAUGCAACGGGGUUCUUUGGUAUUGCCACUAGUCGCGAUUGUGCCGAGUAUAUGGCCAAGCGAGCUCUUGAAGACUAUUAUUAG